ACUGAUGCAGAAAAGUUGUUAUUAGUAUUGAAAUUUUGAUGUGUUUGUUUUUGGUUUGUUUAUAUUGUGUGUGUGUGUGUUUCUUGCUUUUUUUGUGUGUAUUAUGCUUCUUUUUGUACUGUGUGUUAAAAUCUUUGGAAAUUUAAUAAAUAUUAAUUUUUUUAAAAAAAAGUGCAAGAUCCAAUGUGCAGAAAGAAGCAUCUAUCUGAGUUCCAGCCAAAAUGAUAAAAAUGACGUUACAAAAAACAAGAAGCAAGACAUCACCAAACAAAGACUAAUAUUUCAACUGCAAAGUUUGCAGUUCAUCUUGGGCUUCAAGAGCAACUGUAGAGUAUAUAGAUUCUCAAUCAUCCAGGUCAUGGUUGUCCUCAAGGUGCUUUUUUUCAAGAGACAACUGGACUUUCUUGUUUUCUUUGAAGAUGUUUCAGUUCUCAUCCAAGAAGCUUCUUCAGCUCUGAAGCCAUUUCUUCUUUAGAAAAGUUUCCCUUAAAAAUAAUAAGUCUUAGAAAAGAAAGACAGCCACCUUCUUCAAAAAUAGUCUUCAUGUGUUGAAAAUGUAGCAUCCUGAAAACAACAAGGAAAAUAAAGUGUCAGGUAUAUAUGUGAAAUGUGGGUCCUACUGAACACCAGAGUCUAUGGUUUGAAGACAGCUAUUGACAACUGAUGCAACUGGGUCCCUUAGGAAUAUCAAAGUUGGCCACUGAGGGUAGAAGAUUGGUGUUGGAACAUAUCCAGAUGGAAUAAAUAAGAAAACACAGUGUGACAUAUCCUUUUAUGGAAAUGCAGUCCAUUUUUUGUGGAUCAAGGCCUGAGGAGAAGCUAGUCAAGGCCAGCCGCGAUAUGUAUGACUGUGUCUACAUUUUUGUUUCUUCUACCAACACUGCAAUCCGAAUGCUCAACCAAUUUCUUGGAAGUAAAUUAGCCAUAAUUACAGUACGGGAAAACCUUAGCAUCAAGGAAAAUCUUCAGCUUCUACAGAGUGGUCUGAAAGAGAUGCAGAUGCUAAUAGAGUUGAAAGACAAAGAUUUCCAGGAAAAAAUUGGAGUUCCUUUGUAUUCUCAACUUAUUCUGCCAACCCUUUCCACUAAUGAAAAAAUCAGGCUUGUAAAAGAUAUAUAUUCUCAAUACAAUGGUGUUUUUGAAAAUAUCUGUGGUCCCAUUUGUGCUGUUAUAAUUAAGCAUGGUAAUCUGCCUGAAAUGCUUGAGAUUGCUAUUCGGAAUGUAGUGAGUACGCCAGUGCUCUCUCUUCAAGUGAGUGAACUUCUCAUGACCAAAGAAGAAAUUGCUAACGCACUUCCAGACUCCAAUCCCUGUUCAUCUCAAACUUCACCACCAGUCAAAAAGAAAACCCACAGUUUUUCUGUUGUGCCCAGUUCUUUUUCACUUACUAAAUUCAUGCGGAUAAUUCAUUGUAAACAAAAAUCUAAGGAUUCAGUUCAGUUGGCUGCAGAAAUCAUGGCAGAAACUGUUCAGACUUUGAAACCAUCUUGUGAACAUUUCCAAAGAUCUAUUAAGAUGGCUGAAGAGUAUGUCACAUUGAUCAUUGACAGAAGGCAAUAAACCAGAAGAAAAUUGCUCAGCUUUUAGAAAUAUACUUCAGUUUACCCAGCAAGAAAGUUGCAAAUAAAAAAAGAGAAAACUUCU